AUGGCCUCAGCCAGCACGGCGUCAAAGCCGAUACAAAAGAUCCUGGAUUCGACCCGGGUUGCGUCCUUGAAGAAGUUCGUACGACACCCGCCUAUCGAUCCCAAGGCGCCGAUUCAGGGAAAGAUCCGAGAGACCUCGUCCAAUGCAUUCAAAGAACACCUGAAGCGCGAGAGUGUGCGGUUGCAGAAGGCGCUCAACUCAAUCACACACGGGAAGCACAUCUUCGUUUACCACAAUGCUCAGACGAAGCAAGUUGUGUACUCCCUGACGCGGUACUUGGAGGAAAACAACGUCCUGCGCCAAAUGGUCUACCACGGAAAGAAAACUGUUCCCGCCAAGCUACGCCGCGAUAUGUGGAUUCCAUACUAUUCCGUUCACUUCGGUGACGCUCGUCUUGGCCUUCGGGCUUACCAAUUGCUGCGCGAAUUCUCCCUGCGACGCCAGCUCUCCCCGCCUCCCGAGAUGAUCACAGUCACCGAGGAAUUCCUUGCGUCCAGGCGACCAAAGGACCCCUCUGAAGCGGAGGAGUUCGAUCGGAUGAACAAAAAGCGCAUUGGGCACCCAAUGGAGAAGAAGGAGCGUGCGCGGGUUCUCAUGGACCAGAAGGCGACCUCGGUUGCUGACAUCGCGGCAGUGCUGGAAAUCCAGGAGAAGGAAAUCGCGGACGGCAUUCUCGAAAAGGAAACCUGGCGCCAAAAGUAUUGGCGCAGCCAGCGAAGGCGCCAACGUGAGGCAAUCGUACAGGAGGCCGAGCGAUCGGAGGAGUAUAAGGCUCGAAUUGAGGCUUUGGAAAAGCAGCUGAGCGAGCGCGAGGGUGUGGAAGUCAAGAUCGGCGAGGUCGGUGACUACCCCGAAACCCCAGGCGAUGUGAAGAUCCUUUGGCGUGAUGUCCACGAUGCAAACUACGCUGCCUCGUGGCCUGCCAAGGUCCAGCAUGGCGAGCUGGAGCUCAAGCGUGACAACAUUAUCGGUGGUGAGCGGGUUCAUGUCGUGCCUGCAGUGGAAGCUUAA